AUGGGUAAAGCAAAGACAACGAGAAAAUUUGCUCAGGUAAAACGAACAUUAAAUCCCAAAGAUCAGCGUCUUCAAAAGAAGAAUGACAAAAAGGAUAAGCCUGACACUACGAAAAACGGUGAAUUAAUCAGAGAAGUACCCCAAGUUGCCUCAAAUCUCUUUUUCCAGUACAAUGAAAGACUUGGACCACCUUACCAUGUUUUGAUUGAUACAAACUUUAUCAACUUUUGUCUUCAACAAAAAAUUGAGGUGUAUGAUGGAUUGAUGACUUGCUUAUAUGCAAAGACCAUCCCUUGCAUUACUGACUGUGUGAUGGCCGAGUUGGAAAAACUGGGAAUCCGUUACAGGAUUGCACUUCGGAUCGCCAAAGAUGAACGUAUGGAACGUUUGCCGUGUUCGCACAAGGGUGUUUAUGCAGAUGAUUGCAUAGUCAAUCGAGUAAUACAGCACAAAUGCUAUUUAGUAGCUACGAAUGACAAAAAUUUAAAGCAAAGAAUCCGAAAGAUUCCUGGUGUACCCAUUUUGUCGGUGGCGAGCCACAAAAUCAAGGUGGAGCGUUUGGUGGACGUUGUAGAUUGA